AUGGGUAGUGCGACACCAACAGAGGCAGCUCCUGCCUACGAGGAUCUGUUUGAUGAACGUGGUGCAACCUCCCGAAAUGGCUAUGCCAUGGUCGGCCAAAGUGAACCCGCCGAUAACCUUGCAGACGUGGAACAAGGUCACCGCCAUGACGAUGGCCCCGCCCUCUUUGAAAUAACGCCUGUGGCUGACAGUCCCAAUCAACACAUCCACUGUAAGGAAUGUGACCGGCAGCGGGAUCGCAGAGAAAGGCGGGAGCAUGCUCGGAUGGUCUGUGGAACUGUUGCAAUCACGAUCGGCUGUAUCGCUGUGUUUUUGAUGAUCUUCGGGAUUGUCGGUCUGAAAGUAUCGGCGAACGUUCACAAGAAGAAGUCGCAUUAG